GGCUGUAAACUUCCGGUUUGUUUCUCAGCACGUGUAGUAAAUAGGCCUAGUGACUGGGCAGCUGUGAAUUUGGAUGUGAAAACUGUUGUCAUUUCUCAAUACCUAUGUACAAUGAAUCGCAGGAAGCCAAACGAAAAUAAGUCAAGGAAGAACAAGCUUGGUUUUCUCAAUGACCACACCUUAGAUUAUUACAGAAGAGUAUUUGAAACACUGACAGAUAUCGAUGGAGAGGAGAAAGAUCUGUUCCUCAACAAUGUCUUCUCCCAAAUGGAAUCAGAGGCGAUUAAAGUUUCCCAGAACCAAACAGUCAGUCGAUUUAUUGAGAGAUUUCUAGAGCAUGCUAAACCGCACCAUAUCCGACAACUACUGUCAGCACUAAGCGAGGACUGGAGUACUGUGUCAACAGACAGGUUUGCCAGCCAUGUGUUACAGAAUAUUAUUGCUCUGUCUCCAAAAUGUGUCCACCAAGGGGGAGACAACUCAGACACUGAGGAGGAGAAAUCUGUGAAAGAAAUGCUGUUGGAGUUUUGUGAAUAUGCAAGUGAAAACCUUGAGACAAUGUUGACGGAUACCUAUGCUAGCCAUAUUUUAAGAGUGUUGCUGGAAGUCUUGGGAGGUGUGGAUGUCUCAACUGAUAUUAUCAGAAGUCGGAUGUCUCAAGCUCAGGCUAAAGAUGAGAAAAUUUGGCCAAAGAAAACCAAUCCUCCUGAAGAAUAUGGUCCAUGGUUUAAGAAGAUUUUCAAGAAAGUAUUCUCACUUUGUGAUUAUUCAGAUCACCUGAAGGACGCCAGUUCUAGUCCAGUAUUCCAGACCAUCCUACUCAUCUUAAAACAGAGAGACCCAGAGUCCUGUCGCAAAUAUGUCAAGAAGAUUUUGAAGAAGAGUGGACUAACCCAGCCAAAAGAGGAGGAAGAAAGUGGAAAGGAGGAAGAAGCAGAAGUCAUGUUACCUGCAUUAGUGCGGAAUGAAGUGGGGGCCUACUUGGUGCAGCAGAUUGUGGCUGUGAGUCUGGGAGAUGAAGGUGAAGGCAAGGUGUACAAGGUCAUAUUCAAGGGGAGACUACUCAACUAUGCUGUUGACAGAGCAGCCAACUACAUUCUGCAGACACUGAUUGACAAAGUCACUGACAAGGAACUGUUCGAGGAGAUCUUUGAUGAGCUGACGAAGUAUGUGGAAGACAUCUUGGCAAUGCAUCACGUUGGGCUGCUGUCCAAGCUAGCCUCAGGCUGUGAAAGAAAUCGCACACGACAAGAUGAAUUUGUCAGAGCGUUGAUGGAGGCCUUCCACUGUGCAACCCCCGACAGCCGACAGACAGCGCUGGCUCCCCUGCUACUGUCUCUGUCAACGUAUGAGGUGCUUUAUAAACCAGAGGAGUCGGAAGAUGAGCAGGAAGAGAAAACCUCCCCAUCAGCAGCUACUCCGCAGCAGCUCACCACCAUCAACUACCACGGCUCUGUCCUCAUGCAGAAUCUUCUCAGGUUUCGCAAGCCCAAACUGGUUGUGACCAGUUUGUUGGAGCUAAAACCAGCUGAGCUGAAAUUAGUGGCAAGUGAUCGAUGUGGCAGUCAUGUCAUCGACAUAUUUUUUGAGAGUGGAACUGUUGGAGAGAAGAUGAAAGACUCACUUCUGCAGAAGAUGAAGGGCGUGUUCCUUGACAUCAGUUGUGACCGGAAUGGAAGCAGAACCUUGGAGUCAAUAUGGAGGAACUGCUCUGCCCAACAGAAGGUUGUGAUUGCGGAAGAGCUCUCAAAACAUGCAGAUAGGCUCCACAGUAACAAGUUCGGACACUUCGUCUACAGGAACCUAGCCAUAUCUCAGUUCCAGACUCACCGCAAACUGUGGAUGUCGCAGCAAGGAGUCACUGCACAGAAGAGAAAACUCUUCAAAGAUUUCUUCAAUGAUUCAGGUCCAGAAUUCCCCAAGAAGCCCAGACCAGACAAGUCAGAAAGAAGGGACAAGAUGUCAAGCCAGCCCAUGGGCCAGCCCAGAUUAUUCCAAACAAACCAGAAGGACUGGACCAACAAGCCGGGAGAUAACAGGAAACAGAACAAAAAGAAAGCUGACAAACCUCAACCUAAAGUGUCAUCAGAUGAUGAUGAAGUGGGGCAGACGGUCAGAGAACAAGAGGUAACCGAAGAUGAGGAUGCUUUGAAUCUUCUGGACAGUCUGGUGAAGAAACAUGGCCUUGAGGAAACAGAGAAAGAACCAAAGAAGAAGAAAAAGAAACAAAAACAGAAAUCUGGAGAGAAAACAGGACAUGCUGAGAAUGUUGUAUCCAAAAAGAUGAAAGGGGAUAAUCAAAUGAAUGUUUGAAAUCCCAAAGAUUGUUUGUAAAUAUAUGUACAGUUCAAUAAAUAUUGUAUGUCAGGUU